AUGAACAAGCCCAGCGUGUACCACGAGGCGAUCAAGCCUACGUCCGCGGCGCCGGCGGCCAAGCCGGGCAAGGCCGACGACCCCGACGUCGCCGAGCUCUCCCCCGCGCUGGAGCCGCACGGCACAAUGCGCGCCACGCGCCGCGGCCGCAUCGUCGGCGCGGUGCUGGAGCUCUACCACUCCAAGAUCGGGCUCAUGCCGCUCUCCUCCAAGAUGGACUUCUGCGAGUUCUGCGUCGCGUGGACGGGGAAGCACCGCAGCGACGACAAGGCCCGGAUCGCGUCCGCCGAGAGCGGCGAGGAGAAGUGGCGGAGGGUGCCUAUGCCGUGGGAGCUGUUCCAGCCGGCGCUCCGGAUCGUGGGGCAUUGCCUGCUGGGCCCGACCAACUCCGACCAGCUGAGGACGCAGGCCGCCCGGGCGUCGCAGUGCCUCUACCUGAGGGCCAUGGAGAUCAUGGACGCGCGCGCCGUGCUGGCCUGCAGGAGCCUCGUCAGGCUGUCGCAGAUGGUGGAGGAGCCGAUCCCGGAGCCGUCCUUCGCCGGCGUCGAGGCCAACAUGGCAGAGCUGGAGACCAUGAGGGCCAACAUCCUUAGCGGCAAGAAGUAA